AUGAUUGCUCACAAUAUUUUCUUACUUUUUACGAUCAGUAUAUUAUGUCAUCAAGUGUCCUGGGUUUAUAGCCAUGGCUACUUCUCUUAUCCGACUCCUCGUAACGCUUAUUGUACUAAUUCGUCUUGUACUAGUAAUGGUACAUUAGGAGCUCAAGGGCCAGUUUGGGUUUUACCAGCGAAUAGUUCAUUACUCACAGCAAGUCCAACAACUCAAACUACAUGCAAUGGUACUACAUUGGCAUCUCUUGCCAUACAAGGUGUAUCUUACGAUCCAGGAUUUCAAGGUACAGUAGCCGCAUCUUGGCCAGCUGGCUCAUCUCAAACACUGCGAAUAUUCAUUUCUCAGAUCCAUACAACAGAAAAUCAAACCAUUUAUCCCACUGAUGGUUGGCAAAUACGUUAUCGGGAUGGUACACAGCCUAACUCAACAUUUAAUGCUAUUCCGUUCACUUAUGUAAAUUUUUCAACCACAGCAACCACUGGUCCUGAUCCAGCCAUUGGAUUCCAAUUAGGUCAAACUAUUUUGGCCACAAUUACAGUUCCAUCAAAUGCGACUAAUGAUGGGAUCUUUCAAUUUUUCUGGCGUAAUAAUGAAGUUGGCCCAGGUGUUAUGUGGCUAUCGUGCGUCGAUGUUAAUAUUACUGCUCUCAGCACUAACUUAGUUUCAUCAAAGUUUUCUAUUUUUAUUGCUCUUCUGACUACUAUUGGGAUAUCAUUCGCUGUGUAG